AUGGCGACUAUUCCGAUGGAUAUCGUCGACGAUUUGUUCCUCCGUCUCCCGGCGACUGCGUUGGUCCGAUUUCGCUUGCUCUCGAAGCCUUGCUUCUCUCUGAUCGAAAAGCCUGAUUUCGUCGCGUCUCAUCUCAAGCGCACACUCGAAACCGGAGACAACCUCAUGAUCUUGCUCCGUGGUCCUCGCGGUCUACGUACGUUCUACCUCGAGUCACCGGAUAAAGUCUCCGACGUUGAGCAUCCUUUGCAAACCGGAGGUUCAACAGAGGUUUUUGGUUCCUGUAACGGUUUGGUAGGUUUGGUUAACUCUCCUGUUGAGAUUGCGCUUUUCAAUCCAUCUACAAGGAAAAUCUUCAGGUUGCCGUUUGAGUGUGUUGAUUUCCCGGAAAGUACGAUCACUCCCGAGCAUGUGUUCUAUGGAUUAGGGUAUGAUUCAGUGAAUGAUGAUUACAAAGUUGUGAGGAUGGCUCAGUCCAAGCGUGACCCAACCAAGAGUAGAUUCCGUUUCCCUUUAGAAAUCAAAGUUUUCAGCUUGAAGAGGAAUUCAUGGAAGGAAAUUUAUCUUCGUAUGGAUGUUCAGGUUCUUUUCGUUAUGUUCUAUUACCAUCUCUUGUAUCGCCGUGGAAAUGCUGUUUUAGCUAGUAAUUGUCUUCACUGGGUUUUGCCUCGUGGUCGUGGUAUCGCAUUUAACGCAAUUGUAAGCUUUGAUCUUGCUGCUGAUGAUCUUGGAAUCACUACUUUCCCAAUGAAACUUCGCUCUAAAGAUAAUUUGGAUAUUGGUGUGUUAGAUGGCUUACUUUGUCUGAUGUGCUACGAGCUUAGCCAUGUUGAUAUUUGGGUUUGUACGGAGUACAAAGGUUAUGAUUCGUAUGCGUGGACUAAGCAGUUUAAGGUGCCGAAACCGGAGGAUGUAGAAUCGUUUGAGCAUUUGAGACCUCUGAUGUAUUCCAAGGACAAGACCAAGAUCUUGAUGGAGAUAAACAAUGCGAAGAAUCUCAUGUGGUUUGAUUUGGAGAGUGAGACGUUUACAAAGGUUGGCAUAAAGGACUGCGAUAUUCCGUAUAGCGCAGAAAUUCUUGUGAGUAGCCUUGUUUUGGGAUGUAAUGGAGAUCUUCCCAAGAAAGAAGCCAGAGCUGGAGGAGAUAAAGUGACGCAGAAGGGAAACAAAAAGGGGGGUGGUUUUCUAUCCAAGGGAUUCAAGCUGAAGCUAUGA